CGGCCCUCAGUGGUAUUGCACUUUAAGGCACUUCCGCAUUGGCUUAAUUUUUCACACCCGGAGCCUACGUCAAUUUUUAUGUCCUUACCGAUCUUCCCCCUCUCCUGCAGCUGCCCGCUGCAACAGUGAAAUAUAACCGGACCAGAGGAAGACAUGAACGGGCCUGAGCUCAGUGAACUCCCGGAUGACUCGGAGCAGCUCGAGCCGUAUGUGAGCAGCCUGAGGCGGAGAGCCCUGCAGGCAAACGAGCUGUCUGCUGUCAGGACGUUCUCCGACGGCUUUCUCAUCAAGUUUCUGCGGGCCAGAGACUUCGACGUGGAGCUCUCUCUGAAGCUCUUACUAAACUAUCAGCGGUGGCGGAGAGAGAGUCCUGAGAUCGGCAGCUGUCUGUCUCCCUUCUCUGUGCUCGGCCUCCUCAGCACAUCGUAUCAUGCUGUCCUCCCACAGCGAGACCACACUGGCAGCAGGGUACUUGUCUACAGGAUUGGGCAAUGGAACCCGAAAGACUGGUCGGCCUUCCAGGUGUUCAGGGUCAGCCUGAUGACAUCAGAGAUCAUCUCCAUGGAGACGCAGACGCAGAGGCGGGGUCUGAAGGCCAUAUUUGACCUGCAGGGAUGGCGCUUAGGCCACGCCUGGCAGAUUAACCCUUCCCUCGCCAGAAAGAUUUCCUCUGUACUUUCGGACUCUUUUCCACUGAAAGUUAGAGGAAUUCAUCUGGUCAACCAGCCAAUGUUCUUCCGGCCGGUCUUUGCCAUGAUUCGUCCCUUCCUGCCAGAUAAGAUCAAACAGAGGAUCCAUAUGCAUGGUGCUGAUUUCCACGACACUUUAAGUGAUUUCUUCUCACUCGCCAUCCUGCCUCCAGAAUACGGAGGGGAAGGGCCUGGAAUAGAGGAGGUGUGUCAAGAUUGGACCAAUCAGCUGCUUCAAUCAGAGAAGCUCUUGCAGCAGAUUGCCGCCCACCCAACAGCUGAUAUCGCCAUUACUCCUGACAGCUCCUUGAUCUCAGGGGAAGUAGAAACUGAACAAUUCUCAGAGGAAUGAUGUUUGGAAUUUUGGCCUCUCAGACAUGGCUGAUUUUUACUUAGGACCUUGGCUCCGUUAAGAGGGCUGAAAAGACACGUUAUCACAGCAUCUCGAAUUGCUCAUGGAUUCACCUCCUCUGUUGAGUCUUGAUGUUUAGCCCGCAAACUAACAUAUAGGGCUUAUGGGAAAUUGUUUUACUUUUAAGCCCACUAUUUAAACAUAUGAAGGGAGCUACACAACAUACUGUUGAGAAAGGCUCUGUUCCAAGGCUGUCAAAAAGUUGUGUUUUCUUACUCCUUAAACGUACCAGGAACUUCUGGUUUCACCUCUCUCUCUCUCUCUCUCUCUCUCUCUCUCAAUCUUUGUUUUCUUUCCAAGAGUAAGAUAAGAAGGUUGAUGUCAAUUUCAUGUCUGGGUGUUACGUACUGAGUUUGAGUUAGGAUGUGGUUAGACUAGCUUGGCAUAAAGCCUGAAUAUUGGAGGAAACAGCUAGCUUGGCUCUGUAUGUUUAAAAAAACCUACCAACCCCUCUAAAGCUUACCGAUUAACAUGUUAUCUCAUUUUUUCGACCUGUGCACAAAAACUAUAUAUAAAUUGUUAUUCAUUAAGAACUCCCUCUCAAACCACAAAUGAUCAUUUUUACAUUUCUGUUAAUAUAUAGGUUAAACAAACAAGAUACACUGUGUAAAUAAGACAGCUAGAGAGGUGUUCAUGGGUGUUGUUUUUACUUUAGGAAAGAGCCAAACUGACUAUUUCCGUCCAGUUUUUCACACUAAGCUAGGCUAAUCACCUCCUAACUCCAGCUCUGUACUUCACACACAAACAUGAAAGUGGCAUUGAUCUUCACAUCUUACUCUAAAAUAGAAAGCAAAUAAGUGUAUUUCCCACAAUGUUAAACUUUUUUUUAAAUGUAAUUAAUAAACGUUUUAAUUGAUGUAUUUUAAUUUUGCUAGUAUCUGAUAGAUGCUCAGUGUUAGAAGUUUGUUCAGGGUUACUGGGCCAACUCUUCUCAAGCUAAGUGUUUUGGAGUAGAUACUGGCUCUAAAGGUAGAAUAGUUUUACUAUGUGACCUCCACUUGGAAACAAACCUUACCUUAUCUUAGGGCUUUUGUCUUUUACAUGAAUGUUGCUAAAUGUUGCUGUUUGGAUGUCACAUCAAGACAAUUUUUUUCAGGGAUCUCUCUAGUUGUUAUAUAGUUAGACAUUAAUAGCUAACAGCCUAUUCUUCAGUGGACCUAAGUGAUGGAUUGCUAGGUGGAGAGUUGUCUAGCAGCUGCAGGACACCAACCUUCAACCAGAGGACCAGCUUCAGUCUCUACAUGGCUGAAAACAAUGAGACGCUUUGGCCCUACCAGGUCAGAGGUUUGCCCUGCUUGAAACAAAUGACCAUCUUGCUGUGAAAUCCAGUGAACUCAAUCUAAGAGCUACUGUGAGAGUUCGAUGCUUAGCAAAAAACCUGAAUGCCAAACAAUAUCCUGAGCUGUUGUUUUCAUGUCAUCACGGACAUUAAGCACUGCAAAUGAUGAGCAUAAAUCCUGCCUUCCCUCCAAAUCAUCACUCCAUGCAGACUUUCACCUUAUCAGCCAGCCAAACUAAUCCAUCCUGUCCUCUGUUUGUUCAUAGUUGAUCAUUUGAAUGGGAAAUUUAACAGUUAAUGAUUACUAUUUUCUAAAUAAUUUUAUAUCAUUUAUGACAUAAAAUUGUUGUGUUUUAUGACAAAAUGGAUACUUUAAUUGAGGAAUUUCAUUAGAAAUAUAAUAUGUUUUAAGAGAAAUGGUGAUUCCUUGCAUCUUUGGCUAUGUUUUGACCAAUAUUAUGCAUAUAUCCCAUAUACCCAGUUACUGUAAAAAUGUGAAUUAUGUGUACACACUGACUUAAUAAUUAAUUUUAUUAAUUGCUGCAAAACAUAGAAUAGGUUCAUAAUAACAGAAAAUGAUUUAAUUUCUGAAUUUGACCUUUUCCCCUUUAAAAAAGAAAAUGAAUGUAUUUCUUAGUAUUUCUUCAA